UAUUUUCAAAAGUGACGCUUUCGUAUGUCUUUCCUGUCACAUGUGACUAUAGAACUUUCAUAAUAUGUUGAACUGUUUCUUUUUCAAAGCAUAUAGUCCAUUCACGAUUUGAUUAUAUAAAACCAAAAAAAAAUAUUUUUUUAAAAAAAAUCGAAAACUGAAAUUUGGGGAAUUUUCGUCUACGGUUUAUUUUUUCUUUAUACAAUAAAUUAUUUGAAUAAAUUAAAAUACAAUGGAUAACUUAAACGGAUCAAUUGAAAAUACAACAAUAAAUAUUACAGAUGAUAUUGAUUUACCUAGUCUACGUGUACCUGAUAUGAAACGUAUUAAAAAUGCACGUAAAGAACGUGCAAAUCAAUUGAAAGAAUGGCAAAUUUAUGAUAAAAAAAUGCAAAAAGAAUCAGAAAAAUUACAAAAAAAAGGAUUAUCUCCAUUAAAUGAUAGAAGACAUUAUAAUUCUAAUCGAGUUGUAAAAUUUCCUCAAAGUUUAAUAUUUUUAGAAGCUGCUGCACGAGGAGAUCUAGAUGAAGUUCGUGAAUUACUUAGCAGUGGAGUCUGUCCAGAUGUAGCCAACGAAGAUGGAUUAACAGCAUUACAUCAGUGUUGUAUUGAUAACAAUUUGGAAAUGUGCCGGUUACUUCUUCGUUAUGGAGCAAACCCUAAUUCUCGUGACACAGAACUAUGGACUCCAUUACAUGCGUCAGCUACAUGUCAUCAUACAGAGAUGUGUAAAAUUCUAAUUGAUCACGGUGCAGAUCUAUUAGCUAUGAAUGUUGAUGGUAAUAUGCCUUAUGAAUGUUGUAUGCCCGGACCAACACUGAAUUUAGUAGAAACCGAAAUGGAUAAAAGAGGCAUAACUCAAGAAGAAAUAGAUGAUUGGCAUCGGGUGCCAGAAUGUGAAAUGCUUGCAGAUAUGGAAGCCUUAUACAAAGCUGGUGCAGACCUUGAUCGACUAGAUGCACAAGGAGCAUCUAUGUUACACAUUGCAGCUGCUAGUGGCUUUGAAGAAGUUGUUUUGUUUUUGUUAAAACGUGGAGCAAAAAUUGAUCUUCUUGAUAAAGAUGGUUGGCAAGCAAUACAUAUUGCAGCUUGUUGGUGUCAAUUAGAAAUUGUUGAAUUACUUGUAAAUUUCGGUGCAGAUAUAUUAGCUGAAACUAAAAAUGGUGAGACAGUAUUUGAUAUAUGUGAAGAUAUUGAAAUGCAUACGCGUCUAAUUGAAAUUAAACAAGAAGUAGAAAGAAAAAAAUCUCAACAACAAGAUUUACUUAAUAAACCUGGUAAACCACGUGAAUUAGUACGUCGACGUAGUAGUACAAAUCCAAGAAGAUGUUUUGUGGAGAUUUUAGCGAUUUCAAUAGUUGAAAUCGUGAGUCAAUUGAAAAUAGACCACCAUGAAAAAUCUGGAAGCACUGGACGUCCGUUUCAUCCUAGUGUGGGACUCCUCAGCAGUGAGAAUCCACGAUCCACCUCCCUAUGCGAGAUUUAAACACAGGGCAAUUAUAUCCAUCAUAAUUGUGUUAAUUGAAAAAAAAUUCAAAUACUGUGGAAUCUGUAAGUAGAAACAAACAACUGUUUUGUAUUCCCUUAUUUCCAAUGAGUCUCUAACUGUUGAUAAUCAUAUUAAUAAAACUUAUAUAUAUAUAAAUAUUAUUACAUAAAAUUGACCUCAAUAACACCAAACAAAUUAUGAACAGAUUAUUUUAUUUACCGAUUAUGUCUUUCAUGUAAAUAUAUACUAUGUAUUGAUUAACUUAAUCCCCUUUAAUGAUGUAUACAUUAGUGUAAGUUAUGAAAAUAAGAUGCAUUAAUUUUCUUUCAAUAGAAUUCAAAUGAAUCUCAUCAUGACACAAUAGUUAUUUUAAUGAAAAUUAUAUCAGUCUUAAUAUUCAACGUUUUCUUUAUAAAAUCUAUAUAGCCCUAUGUUGUACUUAAUCUGGAAAAUUAAAAGUUGACAUAACAAUUUGUUCUUUUCAUCUUGAUUCGAAAUGAAAGAUGGAUGAUAGGUAGAAGUGGAAUCCAGGACGCGCGUCUCAUCCUAUUUAGGACACGUCAGCUUGAUGUACAAGCAGAUGGCCAUCGGGACUCAGUAGCUAAAUGGAUAGUGCGAUGGUGUUUGGAGCGAACGGUACUUCAUUCAUGUCAUGGAGUAAACAUUAACUCUGGAAUGAACGUACGUUCAGCUGACGAGUCCCAAAUAGGACAAAAUGCUCAUCCUGCUGGUCACUAUCCGUCUUCGCUCAUAAAGUUUGUGACAUAAGGCAAUAUCGAGGCAAUCCGCACAUGGUGCAAAUAUGACAACAACAGAUUGAUCAAUUUCAGUACUAAAUAACAACGGGAAGAUGCAAACAAAAGAACCAAGUCAAUUUCAAAUGAUAUUGAUAGAUGAAUAUAUUGUUUGCUGUAUUGUAACCAAUGUUAUCUAAAAUUAAC